CUAGAUCGGCAGACCGCCAUUAUCUCAGUUGACUCAGCAUAAGGCAUUUUUGCCCGUGAAAAUUUUUUCUCAAAUAAUGCGUUCAAGCAUGCUGCAGAACAUGCUAGAUAAGCUCUACGACUACGAAACAUAUGUUAAAUUCACGGCUGACGUCGUGCGAGAUGGUGUCAUUCAGCGGGGAUAUGUUACGGAUAUUGCUAACGAUGGACUCAUUAUCGACUUCCAUCAUGAUGGCCCAACGUCAACGGAAUUGGUCGAAUUCUCCUGUAUCCGCAUACUGCCAGCCCAAAGGUUUGCAUCCUACCGUUACCUUAGACCACUCGAAGGCAACGCCAAGGUGGAAGUGCUAGUUCGAGACGUAUUGGAUCAACCUCUGACAUGGAGAAAUGCCACUUUCGUGGCACUGGUACCUGACUAUGGCGACAGUGAACCUGAAGAUGAAGGUGACCAAUUUGCCCUGAUUCGACUGAAAUCCAGGAAUCCAUUCUCUUGGCCGUUGUCACUCAUAAGUUCAGAUUAACUGUAGCCAGCGAUAUACGAAUCCGCCAGAAACGAUUCUGGCAAGUAGUCACACCGGAAACGUUCUACAAAGUGACCGUGCCGUACACAUUAUGCCAGAAAACCGAUUGUCCCUUUCCACAAUCUCCCCUUCUGUAUUAUUUGAAACAACUGGACGUUUGUAUGAAGUUGAUCUGGCUGCAAAUGACAGACACGCUUAUUGUAUCUGCUGAUGAUGUGAAUGUGACCGUGGUAUGCCGCAGGAGAACUAAACGGGGCCGAAUGCCAAGACUACCCAGGAAAUUCCAUCGACUAGUUUUUCACCUACACGACCACUUCGUCAAGAGAUACAUUAGACAAGGAGGUACCAUUCGUAUGGAGACAUGGUUCACAAAAACAAUCCAAACGCUACGGUUCUUUCCCAAAUGGUUGGCUUCGAAAUCAAACUUCGCCGGUAACCUGGUUUCUAAAGGUACCUCUCAGGAUUACGAGGAAGUUCAAACAUUACAGACUCUUUCGGAUAUAAUACUGAGUGAGGCAUUACAAAGUAUGGACAAGAUAGCACAGAGGGAGCUAAAACGUGUCUGUCGAAGAUGGUAUAGGCUUCAAUCAAGCGCCACGACAGAGAAGUGUGUAAUUCUGGAAGCUCCGGACCGCUUACACAAUCGCGCGGCAUAUUUGGCGAAAGCACUGCUAAAGCAUACUGAUGUAUCGACACGAAGUCUGCUACUAAUGCAGUUUUCCUGCAGCCACAGCUCCACGGCCAUGCGCUUAUUAGAAGCAAUGCAAUUGCAGUUACGGUUUUACGUGUCUUACCGCAGUACAGAUACAGUACAUUGGCGCAGCCAACUCUACAACCUUGAGGAUGAGCUGUGGUGGUAUCCAGCAGUCAACAAUCUCCACGUUUGUUGCUGCAUGAAAUCGAAAAGCGGUGAACGAUUUACGUUAGCGCCCAUAUACUUCUUCCAUUGACGCUAAGCUGCUACCGCAGAAAUCAUCAUGGCAGCGCCGGAAGAUAUAAAAUGCCUGCUAGAACUUCUCGGCGGUGGCUGGACGUACUGCUGCACGACCAAGACCAUGAAGGACUCAGUCACGGGAAUGUCACGUGUGCUGGAUACAUUAAAUUUCCGUUGUUUUGAGCACGGCAAGUUAUCAGAUGCGAUGGACUGCCCGCACCAUUGGCAAUGGAAAGAUGGAGAACGAUUGAAGAAUGAUCUGCAACGUUGGCCUAUAAGUUCUACGGCAUUGGGUGCCUUAACGAGAGGAUUUGAGGAUUACUGUCCAGCGAGCAUGGAGACUUCAAGCUGUGAGCCAACGGGAUUUCGUCCAGACAUUUUGAAGGUGUUUAUCCGAAAGCCCUGUUUGGUGGGAGAAGAACACUUCAAUUCGUGCGGCGUUCAGAGCUGGUUUCGAUUUAUUUGAUUUUUUAACUACAUAUGUACUUUUCUCGUAACUCUCAUUAAUUACUAUAAUUUUCCCGUUACCAACUUUUUGAAGUGCUUGAUCGGUCUGCGUCGACUUUUAUUGUAAUUCAUUCUAACUCUUUGAGUUAAUGGUGGUAUGCUUAUAUGAAUUACUUGCUAAAACCAAAUUUGUCUAAGGCUUCGUUGUCAGCUCGUCCUGCUAUAAAUAGUU